CAGAAUAAAUCGCAAUGUCGACUGCUAAAAUUCGCGUUUUAGAUUCCGAUAAAGCGGUUUCGUUGGAGUUGUGUAGCUUUGUUAUCAACAAAGCAAACGAUGCCAUCAAACGAAAUGGAGCAUUUUUUGUUGGUGUAUCGGGUGGGAGUGUUGCGAAGUUCCUUUGCCAGGGAUUGCCAUCUCUCAAGACUGACUGGAGUAAAUGGCACAUCUUCUUCUGUGAUGAACGCCAUGUGCCAUUCACAGAUUCUGAGUGCACGUACUCGUACUACAAACAAAAUCUCAUGAGCAAAGUGGCUUUACCAGAGGAGAACAUAUUUCCCAUCAAUCCUGAUAUUUCAGUUGAGGAUGCAGCUACAGAGUACAGUAAGAAGAUAACAUCACUGAUGGGCAGUGCUCCGAGAUUUGACGUCUUGUUACUAGGGAUGGGGCCAGAUGGACACACAUGCUCCUUAUUUCCAGGACACAAGCUGGUACAGGAAAAGGAGAAGAUUGUGGCUGCCAUAACAGAUUCACCAAAGCCACCCCCAUGUCGUGUCACUCUAACCUUUCCAACGAUAAACAAUUCUGCCUGUGCCGUGUUUGCAUCAUGUGGGGCUGGGAAAGCAGAUAUUGUUAAGAAGGUCUUGGAGCCGGAAGGUGGGGAGCCACUUCCUGCAGCAAUGGUGCAGCCCUCUAGCGGUGAACUAGUCUGGUUCCUGGACAGGGCAGCAGCCAGCCUCCUAGUCAAACAAUCCUAGCCUGUUGUCUCAUUCUUUGAUCCGCAUACUGGACACUGGAAGACUUUUUAAAAAACUGGACUCACUGUCUUUACUUACUCGUGUCUACAUCUAACACUUGACAUAGGCUUUGACAUUCAGUCUCAGUCAACAUGGAUCUUACUGCAACGAAACACUGGAUGUCUUCAUUAGUAGAUCUAACUAAAGCCAAUAAUAUGUUAGCCUGUGCCCAGAUGACCUUUCAUUCAACAAAUCAAAGCGCCAUUAGCAUGACUAAACAAACCAGAACACAUUUAGAAGACUUUACAAUAAAAAGGUCCCAAGGUCAGAGGGUACAAUAUAUCACACAACUCUAAAAAUCACGUGAACCAUCAAACUGUUAGUUUAUAAAAUAAAAGUUUGCUGGCAAGUCUAAACAUAGAUUUGAAGACGAUGAUUAACACAAUUAAUAGUUGAAUAGAAAAAUACCAUCUCAUUGAGAAAUGAGUUAUUUUAAAAUACACACGGAAUGUCGGUGUGGUACAGAACCGCUGUAAAAAUUUAUUAGGUAACACCGUUUACUCGGAUAUAAUUAGCUAAUUUAAUGAUGAGUUAAAAAUCAUGUGAACCAAAUUCCAGUUAUCUAAAAUUUUGAAAUAUUGUCCUCUGAGGUCACAGAAUGGCAUUGGCUUGUGUUGGAUCUACAAAUGGUGGAGUGUCAACUCAUUUAAGUGACAAAUAAGUGCUAUACAAUAUGACAUCACUGAAACAUCCAGAUACAAAUUAGUUGGUUUUGUUUAAUAACAGCACUAGAGCACAUCAAUUUAUUAAUCAUUCGGAUAUCAAAAUAUUUUAUUAUUCCGACACAAUCUUAGAGGAAACCCGCUACAUUUUCCCAUUAACAGCACU